GGAAAAUAAAUGACCUAUACUGUGUGAUUACCUGUGGUGUGUCAUUGAUUUGAAGCACAUUCAUUGAGUGCUGAGGAGCAAGGGAGUCGGCUUUUUCCCCACCUUCAAAGAUCCUCUGUUGCCUGAUUGCGGGCACCCAGCUAGUUCUGAGGGGAUCAUUGGAGAGAUAACAGGUAAUCCGCAGAGCCAACCAGCAAUCAAGAGCAAAAGUCGGAUAACCCAGCCAAGAAGCGCGUGGUUUCCUUUCUUUCACUUCUGCGCAUUACUUCCUCCUCGCCCGAGGCAAGGGCGGGGCAAGACUCGAGCGCGGUCGUUGAUUGGACAAAACGAGAUCCUGUAGACCUAUCAAAGAGCGGAACUUGGGCGGGACUCAAGCGUGUACUUCUAGGAGCCGGCGCGGACCUGAGCCUGUCGCUAGGGGCCGAGAGGAGGAGCUUGGCGUGGCGGGAUGCGACCGCGACCGCCUUCUCCGCCACGCUGGGGGCGGGCUCCCGACCUAGAUCUCCCUGAGUCCAUCGGCUGCCUUCCAGACGUGUCAUCAUCACGGUCAAAUCUAAGUGAUAGGGCACCGGGAAAGGCCAAGCUCGCCUGCGCGGGGUGGAGAAAUCACACUAAUCCGGUUUCCUGCGUCCCAGCAGGUCCCGCUUGUCAUGGGGGAGGUGGAAAUCUCGGCCCGGGCCUACGUGAAGAUGUGCCUGCACGCGGCCCGGUACCCGCACGCUGCGGUCAAUGGACUAUUGCUGGCGCCAACGCCGCGGGCUGGAGAAUGUCUGUGCCUCACCGAUUGUGUGCCCCUUUUCCACAGCCACCUGGCCUUGUCCGUCAUGCUGGAGGUCGCCCUCAACCAGGUGGACGUGUGGGGCACACAGGCCGGUCUGGUGGUGGCUGGGUACUACCAUGCCAAUGCAGCUCUGGAUGACCAGAGCCCUGGGCCCCUGGCCUUGAAAAUUGCUGGGCGAAUUGCAGAAUUCUUUCCUGAUGCAGUACUUAUUAUGCCUCGAGUGCCUCCAGUCAUCGUCCUAGAGAACCAAGGUCUCCGCUGGGUCCCCAAGGACAAGAACUUAGUGAUGUGGAGGGACUGGGAAGAGUCACGGCAAAUGGUGGGAGCACUACUAGAGGGCCGGGCCCACCAACACCUUGUGGACUUUGACUGCCACCUUGAUGACAUCCGGCAGGAUUGGACCAACCAACAGCUGAACAUCCAAAUUACCCAGUGGGUUAGUUCCACAAAUGAAAAUGUCUGAGCUAGGACCAGAGGGUUCAGGAUCCAAUAAAGAGACUUGGGCUGGUGGGCAA